CUUGCGUUGUCUUACACCAGUGGCACUUCAUAGCCCAAUUAGUGUUUGGACUCAGAUGUUAGGAAUCUACUCGAUAUGAAUUCAUCGUUAGGGCGGUAUUUUUGUGUACAUCAGGAAAACAUUGAAUUUCUGUAUUAGGAAACAUAUAAAGCGUUUACUGAGCUUGAGUCACGCUAUAAGUUUGUUGCAGCUUAAACUCCAAAGCGGAAAUAAGAUUUUGAAGAAAUCUUGAGCUCAAAGUUGAAUGUUAUUCAUUAAUGUCAUGGUUCGAAAUGUUUCAGAAAAUUGAAUCUAUGUGAAGAUAAAGACAGUCUUGGCUCUUGGAAGCAGGGUGUGGUUUCGAAAAAUAUAUUGAAAAUUACAUAUAUAAUUUUUUCAAUGCUAUUUGCUUUGAUGUCAGAAAAUUAUUGAUGUUCGAAAGCGUCAAAUAAGGCAGGGAACAUUGAAAUUUCAUGUUUUAGGACAUUUUCAGUGACGGAUUACACAUAAACACAAUUUUGUUUCCUAACAACUAAAAUUGUAUGAUGUACAGUGUAUACACUGCAGUACUUUUCAAUAAUAAAAUCUCGCUCUCCGUAAUCAGAAAGACAUGCUGCCGGGGUUUGAAAAUGUUAAAUUUCUUGUAAUAUGUUUUUUAUAGCGAGGUUUAUGAUGAAAUAAUUUUUGACAUUGAAUUAGACAUGAAUGCAAGAUUUGUUCAUGCAAGAUGUACAUUUUAUGUAUCUGAUUUAUUCCAACUAAUAAAACCUUUUGUUGUUUGUGCGAAAACCGUGUUGAUAUUAUUUGAAUUUUGCAUUUUAGAUUUAUAGUAAGGGAAAUCCUGUGUUUCCCAGAUAAUAACACAGUGUCCUAUUUCAAUCUAUUUUUGGGGGGGGGAGAGGGAGUCUUUAUUUUUUACAUAUCCAAAACACAAAAUUACAAAGUGGAGAAUUGAGAAAAUUCCAAAAAUACGAAAAUUGAUAUUCAUUUACUUAUAAAUAACACGUUUUAAUUCGAAAUGAUAGAUUGAACAUAGAAUAUUAAAACGAGUAGAAAACAUUCCAUGAUAUCGACCAGGUCAAAAAUGUUUUGCGUUAACGACUAGGUCUUAUUUAAAAAAAAAACUCAAAUUACUCUCCGUUAUCCUCAGGAUUCAAUUUGCAAUAUUGUACUUCUACAGACAUUUUUUACUUUAUUUGUGGUAUGAAGACCAACGUUAUUUGUGUUUUAUAUUUUAAUUCUGAGUAAAGCAUAUUAAGGUCAUAUACAAAAGAGCAUAUGAAACGUAACAAUGCACAAAUCAAGUAAAUUUGAAGUAUUAUGCGACAUAACGAUAUCUUUAGGAAAGUUGACAGUUUCAAUGGGUAAUAAAACAUAAAAAAUCUAAAGUGGGGUCUCGUUGAUGAUCGCAUGCCUCAAUACGUUGCAUUUUUUCUCAAAGUUUUUGAUUAAUUCUACCGUGUUACCAUAUGUUACCAUACCAUGGUAUAGGUAGCUUUCGUUUGGUAUAGGUAAUAGUAAACUGAGGGACAUUAAAUGAAAAUUUGUGGUGGAUUUUUAUUAAACUAAUAUGGCGUUUCUAGACUAGCAAAUUAAUUUGAAUGAAAAGUAUUGUUCUUCAUCAACGAAGACUUUUAAAUCAAGACGAAAAUGAUAUCUGUACUUCUCAGAAAUCCAUUGCAGAAGAUUUAUAACCGAAGAUGUAUUCGUCUUGUACACCAAACGCAAGAAAAACUAAGUGAAGUUAAAGAAGCAAAAGAUUCUUGUCCGGUUUCGUCUCACAAUGAAUGGGAUCCGCUUGAAGAAGUGAUUGUUGGGAGACCCGAAGGGGCCUGCGUGCCAAGAUUUUCAAUCGAGGUCAAGGCAAAUACAAACCACCGUCAUUGGGAAUGGUACGAGAAGAAUGGCGGAAAAUCUUUCCCACAAGAACAUAUCACACGAGCCAUUGCACAGGUUGAAGAAUUUUGUAACAUUCUCCGACAUGAAGGAAUCGUAGUCCGAAGACCAGAUAUUUUGGAUUGGUCUAAAGAAUAUGAAACACCGGAUUUUAAAACAAAUGGCAAAAAAGGGGCGAAAUGGACAACUGCGCCUAAACCCGAGAUGAAAGAUGAAUUAUACGACAAGAGUUACCCAAUUAAUAACGUUGAAGAUCGAAAUGCACUGGCAAAACAAGGAAAAUUUGUAACUACAGAAUUUGAACCGUGUUUUGAUGCCGCUGAUUUUAUUCGAGCAGGGAAGGAUAUAUUUGUUCAAAGAAGUCAAGUAACAAAUCGGAUGGGAAUUGAAUGGAUGCGUCGACACUUGGGGAGAGAAUAUAAAAUUCAUGAAAUAUCUUUCAAUGAUCCAAACCCCAUGCACAUAGAUGCAACGUUUAAUAUAAUUGGACCUGGGUUGGUGAUCUCUAAUCCAGAGAGACCUUGUCACCAGAUUGAUUUAUUCAAAAAAGCUGGAUGGAAAAUUGUUACCGCGGCAAAACCGGUAAUCCCAGAUACUCACCCACUAUGGAUGUCAUCAAAAUGGCUUAGCAUGAAUGUUCUCAUGUUAGACGAAAAGCGUGUUGUAUGUGAUGCUAAUGAGAUUCCUACCAUUAAUAUGUUUGAGAAGCUAGACAUCAAGCCCAUAAAAGUCAAUCUCCGAUAUGCAAAUUCUCUCGGUGGUGGAUUCCAUUGUUGGACAACAGAUGUGAGAAGACGAGGGACCUUGGAAUCUUAUCUUUGAAUGAUAUUCUGGUCAUUCAGUAUAUUUAAUUUGCAUUUAUAUGGAAUCAGGAUUUUAUUAUUUGUGUGUGUUCGGUAUUAGUUAUAUUGUAGAAUUUUAUGAUAAAAUAUAGAUUUUAACCGAUUCUUGUAUCUUUAAUUUUUGGUUUAUUUUAUUUCAGAAAGAUUUUCAGUGAUUCUUUAUUCAAUUUAUGUACCAAGGUUGCAAGCAUAAGACUAUGUUUGUUUUAUUUAAGUGGUUAUGUUGUGAUGAAAUGUAUUUGUGUUGCUGAAUUAAUUUCAAUCAGAAUAGAAUUGGAGUCGGAGGAAAAUAUGAUUUGCAAUUGUCCAAUUU